AUGCAAUCCCAUCUAUGCUCUGCCACUGGGGCUGCCGCAUCUGCGUCGUCGCGUGCCCUGCCUGCCGCCGACCGCCACCCGCCAACCUUCAUCUCAGCACCUCCGGCCAUGAAGACAUCUACCAUCCUCGCGGCGCUGGGCGCUGCUUCCUGGGCCGUCGCUGAUGACGUGCUCUACAGCAAGCGCCAUCUCUCCAAGCGCUUCAUCGACAGUGAUGGCAACUACAACAUGACCUUUAUCCACGUCAAUGAUGUCCACUCUCAUCUUGACCAGUUUGCCAAGUCAGGUUCCGACUGUACAGACCCGUCCAAGGGUUGCUUCGGUGGCUAUGCGCGCAUCAAGACCAAGGUCGAGGAGCUCCGCGAGACGUUUCCCGAUCAUCUGCUCCUCAACGCGGGUGACGAGUUUCAGGGCACCCUGUUCUUCUCUUACUAUGGCGGCGAAAAGAUUGCAGAGACGGUCAACAAUCUCAAGUUUGACGUCAUGACCCUCGGCAACCACGAGUGGGACAAUGGCGACGAGGAGCUCGGCAAGUUCCUCAAGAACCUGACCUUUCCCAUUAUCUCGUGCAACGUCAAGUCCGAAUAUGAAGCUCUCAACAAGACGGUCAAGAACUAUCACAUUUUUGACAAACAUAAACUGGCCAUCAUUGGUGCCACCACUGAGACGACCAAGGGCAUCUCCAACGUGGGCAAUGGCACCAGCUUUCUCGAUGUCACCACCGAGGUCCAGAAGGCCAUCUGGGAAAUUCGCAACACCACCGACAUUCGUCGCAUUGUCGCCCUCACCCACAUUGGCUACGAAGAGGACCAAAAGCUGGCCCAGAACACUGAGGGUCUUUCCCUCAUCGUUGGCGGUCACAGCCACACCCUGAUUGGCGACAUGCCCAAUGCCGCUGGAAAGUACCCCACCAUUAUCGAGGACCAGUCUGGCAAAGAGGUCUUUGUCGUCACCUCGUACCGCUGGGGCGAGUAUCUCGGCUCCAUCGACCUGACCUUUGACAAAGAGGGCCGCGCUCUCUCCUAUCAUGGUGCACCUAUCCACAUGACCAAUACCACGAAGCUCGAAACGUCGCUCCAGGAUAAAAUCCAGGCCUGGCGCAAGCCCUUUGAGGAAUACGGCAGCGAAGUGAUUGGCACAACUAAGAACGAGCUUGACCAGACCACCUGCCAGAAGGGAGACUGCCUCCUCGGCCAAGCCAUGGUUGACGCCAUGCUCGACUACCGCCGCAACAUUUCCAAGAAUGCGGGCGAUGAGCUGGCCGACUUUGCCUUUAUGAACGCCGGUGGUAUCCGCGCCACCAUUGGCGCCGGCAACAUUACCCGCGGCCAGAUCCUCACCUCGUUCCCCUUUGGCAACGCCGUCGUCCAGCUCCCGUACUCUGGCCAGGAGCUGCGCAAGAUCAUCGAGGGCUGGGUGUCCCGCGAGAACCAGUUCAGCAAGAAGAAGACGUCGUCGUGGUUCCAAAUCUCCAAGGACAUCAAGAUUGAGUACAACCCGGACAACGACGCGGGCAGCAAGCUCAUCAGCGUGACGGUUGGCGGCAAGCCGCUGGACGAGACCCGCAAGGACUACCGCGUCGUCACGCUCGACUUUGUGGCCCGCGGCGGCGACAACCUCGUCGAGCCCACCACUGGCUUUGCGGCUCUCGAUGCCGACUCUGAUGUGUUUGAGGCCUAUGUCAAGGCCAACACGCCGCUGACGAAUGCGCUCGAGGAGCGCGUGGUCAAGACGGACAAGAAGACGCCCGACUCGACAUCCACCCCGGGAGGCAACAACGCCACGAGCACCAGCGGUCCCAGUGGUGGAAGCUCGAGUCCUGCCGCUACCAAAGGUCCUAACGGCGCUGCUGCAGGCCUCGCCAUGCCUAUUGGUCUCGCUUUUGGUGUGGCCGUGGCUGCUGCCUUGGCCAUGUAA